ACCAACAGCACCAAAAUUAAAUUAUUACGGGUCAGUGUCCCUUUUGCUCUGUACUGUAUGUUCAGUUUUCUGUUUUCUUCCACCCAAAAUUACCCUGUACAGGCAUGGCUGCAGUUGCAUCCGUGGGGGCUAACAUUCGCCUCAUCAAUCAUCAGAAAGCACACAAUUCAAAACACCCAUCUACAUUUCUUGGCAAAAAAUUGAAACUAAAUCCAAAUUCAAAACCUUCCCUUCCAAAUCCCAAGGCAUUGCCAGUUUUCUCCUUGAAAGCUGAACUGAUUGAUGCUGUUCGUGAUCUCUUCCUGGGAGUAGGAGUAGGGUUACCAUGCACGGUCAUGGAGUGCGGCGAUGUCAUAUACAGAAGUACUUUGCCCAAGUCUAAUGGGUUGACAAUUGCAGUCCCUGGUGCGGUUUUGGCCCGCGGUGCCUUGUCUUACCGCUGGGCCACUCGUGGGGUGGCUCCCGGAUUUUUUUGACAUGUUUGUUCUUGCUUUUGUUGAGAGGUUGUUUAGACCUACCUAUAGGAAGAAUGAUUUCAUUUUGGGGAAAGAAGUUGGGCGAGGGUUCAUUUGGUGCGGCUUAUAGAGUUUCAUUGGCUUCUAAGAAGCCUUCUUCAAAGGAUGAGGGGGACUUAGUCUUGAAAAGGCAACUGAGUAUGGGGCAGUGGAAAUUUGGAUGAAUGAGCGUGUGCGAAGAGCUUGUGCAAGCAGCUGUGCUGAUUUCCUGUAUGGCUUUCUUGAGACUUCUUCAAAAGAAAGUAGUGAAUACUGA